AUGUUCCUCGGAGACCAUUCUGAGGAGAGGCCUACUCGCUUGACACCUCGCCAAAUUGAAGGACCAACAACACGAGACCCAGUACAUUUCCAGCAGCUGCUCACCAAGGCCGCCUCGCGCAUUGGCAAGAAUCCUUCGCAAUUGGCGAAUCCCUUUAUGUGGUGUGAAGCAUGGAACGGUCUUCGCUUGCCAGGGCAUGGCAUGGCCGUGUAUGCACAGUGCCACGCGCUCGCCACGCCUUUCAAUGUCGCCUUCUUAUCAAAGCUGGUCGCAGGUCCCAGAAGUAGACCUUGUCUUUUGACAAUUCUGCUUGAUACCAUGGCGACGGAAGGCAAUCACUAUGAAAAGGGUGUUGCAGCGGAGGAAGGUCUUACACCACCUCCACAGGAUCGAGGGCAUUCGAUCGAUGGCCAGCCUGAAAAGCUGUCCGUGAAGCAGCGCUUUGUUCGAGCUCUUGUCACUCCUGGGUCUGCAAUUCAGAUCGUUAUCGCUGCAGUUCUUGGUCUGGGAAUUGGACUCGCGGUAUCCUCGACGACUGAGGAUAUACCAGAGGCUGCGCCAGUACUCUUACAAAUCCCCGGUCAGCUAUGGUUGCGUGCAUUGCGGGCCACGGUCUUACCAUUGAUCGUCACUGCCAUGAUCUUAGCCGUGCAGAACCUCAAAGACAUGUCGCAAGGAGGAUCAAAGCUCGUCAGAUGGAGCAUCGGCUAUUACGUUCUCACAACCAUUUUCGCGGUUGUCCACAGCAUGAUCAUGGUCGACCUGGUUUGGACGACUCUCAUGGUACAAGCUGAUGAGGCGACUCUCGGGGAUAUCUCUGAAGCAGACCAAGAGACGAUUGACGAGAGGUCUUCAAACGCUCCUCACGACAUCAUUGUAUCUGUCUUUACGUCGUUUGUGCCCCAGAAUGUGGUUCAAGCACUCGCAGAAGACCAGCUUCUUGGUGUCUUGGUCACUGCCAUUGUAGUCGGCUGCCUGCUCAAACGAGAUUCUGCCCUACUUCGCGCUGUCAAGGAGAUUGACAAGAUUGUGUUCAUCGUCAUCAACUUCUUGAUCAAGCUGGCACCGAUCGGAGUCUUCUUCCUCAUCCUGUCGAAUCUGCUAAGACUGAAUAUUGCCGACGUUGGGCAGAAUCUUGGGGUACUUAUUGGAGCAUCAGUGGCCGGAAUGUUCAUUCACCUCUUCAUCAUGCUCCCAAUCAUCUUCUUCGCGUUCACGCGGAGAAAUCCAUACACCUGGUGGAUGAAGCACUCUCCCGCGUGGAUCACAGCAUGGGGCUCAGCAUCAUCGGCCGCGACCCUACCGGUAACGAUGAGAUGUCUUCGAAAGAAUGGAGUGGCUGAACCAAUCGUCCUUUUCACCGCACCGCUCGGAGCACUUGUCAAUAUGGAUGGUACCGCAAUCUACUUUCCGGUUGUUGUUGUCUUCCUGGCUGUAACGCAAGGCCAAACAUUGAACGCCGGUGACUACGCUCUGAUAGUCAUCCUUUCCGUCCUCAGCUCCAUCGCCACAACACCGAUUCCUUCAUCAUCGCUUGUGCUUACGGUUGUUAUCGCCAACUCUGUGGGCAUACCCGUGACUGGCAUGUACGGGGUUGUUGUAGCAAUCGAUUGGUUCAUUGAUCGUUUCAGGACCGCGCUCAACGUGAGUGGUGACGUGUUUGCGGCAAGCGUUUUGGAGAAGAUGUCAGGCAUCACGAAUGAGACGGGGCAACUGCCGGAGCAAGCAGUGUUCGACCGCCAAGUAGCUGGCGAGGAGGCGACUCCCACGGUAUCAGAGAAUUCGGCAACGUCAGUCGAUGUAAUUCAACCUACCAAGGUGUAA